ACGAUCUAAAAGUAAAUAGCGACGAGUCAUUGAUUUUUCUUCCCAUAUUCUGAAAAAAAGUGAAAAGUAAUAAUUUGUGCUCGUCGAAGAAUUGAUUACACCUUUUGAAAGCUCACGUUUCCAGUCACAAUCCACUCACGUGCCAAUAGAAUAUUCUACAAUGCACUUUAGAACCAUUCCCACUUUCACCGAGAUCGAGACGUGAUAUCGAAAGUGGAAAUAUUUCUCCUAGGUAUAUUAUUAAAAAAUAUACUAUCUGAUACGAGCAGUGUUCGAGUAUUCAUGGAGUGAAAGACGAUUCCACCAGUCGAAAAGGAUCAUUGAAGCCCCUUCUGCAAAGUCCUUUACAAGAAUCUACACGUUUUUUGCUUUUAAAGCGGCAAGAAAUAUUCCAAAGUACACCCCGAUCGUUAGCAACCUAAUCACGUCCCUGAAUAAUUGUGGCGUAAAUAACCACGUAGCCAAGGUAUAGCAAUAUUUAUCAGUCUUUUACCAUUGAAACGCCUAGUUGGUUUGUGUCCUUUGCUUGAAACUACCGCGAUUACGCAACCGAUUACCUGGUAUUUCCAAUAACAAUUGGGCUAGCCGAGGUUUCUCUGCAUUUGGAUAAUAGAAUUUAGAAAGCAAGAGGCAGUAUUUGAACGCUGAAAUUCCGUGGACCGCUCAUUGACCGCGAAGAAUUUCUACCCAGCUGGUUUCGAGAUGAACGUCACGUUUGCAGCACACCUGUUAGUCGUAUUGUUUCUAUCGGAAUUUCUGAUAACGAGAGUGGUUGCAUUCUUCUUCUCAUCGCUUGUUUCGAGUCCAACGGCGAAAACCGAUCUUCCAGCCACGGUCAAAUUGAAGAAUGAAGCUCUGGAUUUUGGGGGACACGAUCGGAAGCCUCACAUUAUUGUUAUUCUUGCUGACGAUAUGGGGUGGAACGACGUGAGCUUCCAUGGGUCCGAUCAGAUACCUACGCCGAACAUCGACGCCCUUGCGUACAAUGGAAUCAUCUUAAACAAUCAUUAUGUUUCCGCGUUGUGUACACCCAGCAGAGCUGCCUUAAUGACUGGAAAAUAUCCAAUUCACCUCGGCAUGCAACACUCCGUUAUUUUCCCUGCUGAGCCUCGAGGGCUUCCUUUAGGCGAGAAACUACUACCCCAGUACUUGAAAGAACUAGGCUACAAGACGCAUGCUGUUGGCAAAUGGCACCUAGGAUUUUUCCAAAAAGAAUAUACCCCGACGUAUCGCGGUUUCGAUUCCCACUUCGGUUACUGGAACGGUCUUCAGGAUUAUUAUACGCACAUCACACAAGAACUGGACCCGGAAUUCAGUAGUUUUAGAGGAUUCGACAUGAGACGAAAUCUCACAGUUGCUUGGGAGACCAUGGGAAAAUACUCAACGGAUCUCUUCACGAAGGAAGCGAUACAAUUGAUCAACAAACACGACGCUAACCAACCUAUGUUCCUCUACUUGGCUCAUCUGGCGCCUCACAAAGGGAAUCAAAAUCAACUUUUACGCGCACCAGACGAGGAGAUCGCAAAGUUCUCGUACAUCCUUGAUCCGGAAAGAAGAAUUCAAGCUGCUGUCGUGUCAAAAUUGGAUCAAAGUGUAGGUAAAGUGAUGGACGCUUUGAGAAGCCGUGGAAUGUUGGAGAACAGUAUAGUGCUUUUCAUGAGCGACAACGGCGCCCCAACUGAAGGUGUGCUGAGCAAUCAGGGCAGCAAUUAUCCACUUCGCGGGAUAAAGGAUAGCCCUUGGGAAGGCGGAGUGAGAGGAGUGGCGGCUAUUUGGAGUCCCUUGAUCAAGAAGUCGCGGAGAGUCUCGAAUCAGAUGAUGUUUGUCGCCGAUUGGCUUCCCACGUUGUUAUCUGCAGCAGGAGUGGACAGUAGAUACCUUGGGCACAUCGACGGAUUCAACCUCUGGCCAGCUCUAGUGUCCAACAAGAUCAGCUCCAGGUCCGAGAUUUUGAUCAAUAUCGACGACCUCAGUAAUUACGCUGCAAUCAGACGUGGUGAUUUCAAGUACGUUAUCGGUGAAACGGAUACUGGCAGCGCUUGGCUCGGAGCGAGUGGUGACCCAUCCGAAGGCGUCUCACCUGAAUACGACCCUUACAAAGUGUUGCACAGCAAGGCGGGCGUCGCUAUCGCAGGUGUUAUUACUACUAGCCAGGCGAUGGAACUGAAUGAGAAAAAAAAACGGGUAAUGAGAAACGCGAACGAUAUCGGUUUGAAAACGAACUUUCGAGACGGUAUACUUACCGCUGAGGAAAUAACGAAGUUGCGACGAAGCGCGCAAAUAAAAUGCAACGUUCACCAGAAGGAUGAGGUUGCUUGCAAUCCCAUGAGGGCGCCCUGCCUAUUCAAUAUAAACAAGGACCCUUGCGAGAUGGUGAAUCUAGCUGAAAAGAGGCCAGUAAUCCUAGCAAUCUUAGAAAGGAUUCUACUGAAGUAUAGAGUUACCACUAUACCUCCCAGCAAUCUGGAUGGUGAUCCCAGAGCAAACCCGGCACUGUGGAACAACACCUGGACCAGCUGGGACGAACCUAAUCCCUUAGCGUUAAGUUACGUAAGCACUGACGAGUUUCAAUCAUAUUCGAGACCAGCCGUCGCUGUUGUGUCGAUCAUUGUCGGUCUUUUCAUUGUUGGCGUGAUGACAUUAUUAACUCUCAAGUGUGGAAAAGCUGUUUCAAGUAACAUAGACAAUUCGGAGUAUCAUGAUAGUCACGAAUCGAUCGUUUAUGCUUCGACUAACAACAAAGAUUCAUUUCCAAUGUCUAAAAUUCCCGGAAGUAUGAAAGAAAACAGUAUGCUUAAACAGAAAGAAAGAAAUUGAUAUUAUGUAACGAGAUAUACGAGAAUCAGGAUCUAUUUUUAAAAUCGCACAACACGGAUGCGCAAUUAACGAAGCAAUCAUUUUUCAUCUUUUAAGACUUCUACUUCGUGUCAUCUCGUUCAAUUACCAAUCAUAAAACGUAAUCCCCGUGGUAUAUAUUAACAUUAUACCAUCGACAGGAUAACUCUGAUAAGAAAAAAAGGUUCCAGCCAUCAAGUACCGCUUGCUUGGGCAAGUUUGCUGUACUUGAAGACUGAUCGGUUAGUCUGUCAUAUCUGUAAAUAG